AUGGGUUGUCUCUAUAGCAAACAAAGUCCAUCAAGUCAGGGAGCAAAGUCUUCGGUAGCUUAUGAAAAUAUUGCCCAAUCAAAUCAAACAAGUGCCGAAAGUAAAAAACAAACUCAUUCACCUCAACAAUGCACUUGGAGUUAUUUAGGACAAAAAAGUAAAGAAAAGAAGGAAGUUGAUUUUUCUAAAUUGAAGGCAGAAGACUUUUUGUUGAGCGGAUUUCAGGAUCGAGUUAUUAUAAGAAAACAAGGAGAAAUUCUUGGACAAGCAAUGAAUAUCGACAAGUGCUCGAAUUGCGAUUUUUAUUUGUUGGACAAUUCAUCACAAAUAUUUAUCGACAGCUGUGAAAACUGUCGAUUCUUUAUUGGGCCCUGUUCAGGAAGCAUUUUCAUCCGUACCAGUACGAACGUUAAAAUGAUUGUUGCUUGUCAACAAUUCAGAACAAGAGACUGCAAAAAUUUGGAAUUGAGCAUGUUUUGUUCAACCAGACCAGUCAUUGAAUCUUCUUCAGACAUUACAUUCAGUUGCUUUGGAUCCAACUAUAUUGGAUUAGCUCAACAAUUCCAUGAGGCUGAUCUCUCUGUUUACAAUAAUCACUGGAAUGUUGUUCACGACUUUACACCUCAAGCAAAUAAUUACAAGUUUGUUUCAAACAGAUUCAAGAUAACAGACUGGAUGAAACCAUUGCAUACUUUGGAUAUUGGAAUUACUGAGGAUGAAGAAAACCAAAACGAGAAAUCAUGCCCAGUACCUCCAACCAGAAGAAGAGAAGAUGUGCCUUCGAAUGUCAUCAUGUUCCUUCCUGGAUGUUACAAUGAUGCAGAGCAAUUUAUGCCACAAAUUAUGACAGAAAUUUAUCAGACCAAAGAACACAAAUUCUCGAAACCUGAAAUUGAUAUUUUGUUUGACAAAACAGAAAAUUCAAGCUCGCUCAAGCAAGAAGCUACCAAAGGACCUGUUAUUGUUAUUGGCACAAAUCUAAGCUCAAUGGAGUUGAGAACAAAGGCCUCUCAAAUUGUUGCACCUGAAUCUUUCUACGUUCCUGCUUCUGAAAAUGAAGCUUCCUAUAUGGCCAACUAUUUGUUCAAUAUUCAUCGAGUGGAGGUUUAG